AGAUUUGUUAUUUUCUCCACUUUCAACCUCCUGAAGAAGAAGUCUCCAAUUCUUUGUCCCUCUUUACGAUCUGAGAUUUCAAAGAGUAAAGACAAAAAUCCAACAUCUUUUCCCAGCUGUGUCUUCAUCACUUCUAGCCAACUAUUUCCUCAAAUUAACCCCAAUUACACUUUAUUGCUUGCACCGCCGACAAUUAUAAAUCUUCCAUAGAAAUAUCACAUUUCUUUUUUAACUUUAAGAUCCUCAAGAUCCAGUAGAUUUUACUGGGAUCGUAAUUAAAACUUGCCCAAGCGAAGAAGGAGCCUAUUUGCUUAACCCUAUUUGUGUGCCAUGAGAUUGUGAUAGUUGGGAUUAUUUGGUUUUUGGGUUUUUUGUUCUGUGUACUUUAAAGAUGGCGGCGUCGGAGGUGGAUGUCGCGCUUGAUGCGGCGUCGGCUUCGUAUAAGGGGAUGUCUUCUGACAAUAUAAAAGGAUUAGUGAUGGCUUUGUCUUCCAGUGCCUUUAUUGGCGCAAGCUUCAUUGUUAAGAAAAAGGGAUUAAAGAAAGCAGGGGCUUCUGGCAUCAGGGCUGGAGUUGGAGGUUAUUCAUAUCUAUACGAGCCACUGUGGUGGGUGGGUAUGAUAACAAUGAUUGUUGGAGAAAUCGCAAAUUUUGCAGCUUAUGCAUUUGCGCCAGCCAUUCUGGUCACACCUCUUGGUGCGCUCAGCAUCAUUAUCAGUGCUGUACUUGCACACAUUAUUCUACGGGAGAAGCUUCAUAUUUUUGGUGUUCUUGGUUGCGCUUUAUGUGUUGUCGGUUCCACGACUAUCGUUCUUCAUGCUCCACAAGAGCGUGAAAUUGAAUCUGUGAAAGAAGUAUGGGACCUUGCUACUGAACCAGCUUUUCUCUUUUAUGCAACUCUGGUGAUAGCAAUUGUCCUCAUUCUGAUAUUUCACUACAUACCACUUUAUGGCCAAACUCACAUAAUGUUUUACGUCGGCGUUUGCUCACUAGUUGGUUCAUUAUCGGUAAUGAGCGUCAAAGCACUUGGAAUCGCAUUGAAGCUGACACUAUUAGGAACGAAUCAGCUAAUAUAUCCGCAGACAUGGGUCUUUGCUUUGGUUGUCAUUUCUUGCGUGCUUACCCAACUGAAUUAUUUGAAUAAGGCUCUUGACACAUUCAACACAGCUGUAGUUUCACCCAUUUACUAUGUUAUGUUCACUUCCUUGACAAUAUUGGCAAGUGUGAUCAUGUUCAAGGUAAUUAUUCCGCAGUAUCUUUUUGUUCUUUUACUUGGAAGGGUUCCAUGAGUAAAGAAUUUGGAAAACAAAGUGUGCUCAAUCUUUGCAAGAUUGCUUUGGGCUCUAAAACAUUUGUUAUCAAUAGUAAAAAUACCUCAAACCUAGAUGAAGUAGGUUGAAAUUCCAAGCUCUUUACUGAUGUGGGAAAAACAGAACAACCAUCCCUUUUCUCCAGGUACUUAUUUGUGUUCGGGGAUGGGGAUGGGGAUGGGGAUGGGAGAAUGGGUAAAUUCAAAAACAUCGGCCCAUAACAUCACCAUUGCAUGUUGUUUGUAACUUAUUUGAAGAAAGCAUUUGAAAGUCCUGGUCUCUUGUGAUUCUUGGCAUAAUUGUAUAUUGUUUUUUUGACUGAACACUAUUUCAGUGAUUGUAUCUUGUGUAAUUUAAAAUCCAGUCCAGUUACUAGCCAUAUCUGGAAGUAA